UGCGCGUGUGCGUGUGCACGUGCAGGGGCGCAUAUACAGGUAAUAAGCUGCUCCGCCACUGCGCCACGAUGGAGCUCUCGCAACGAUGGAGAUGACGCAAACAGACCCAGAUUUCCGAAAAAGUGUUUCAAGACGAACAUGGCGGCAACUUAAACCGCGGUCCGAGAUGACAAUGGCCACCAGAGGAAGGGAUUCGAGGCUUUCCAGCUCAGGUACGGGACAAAGAAAGAAAGAAAGAGAGCGAUCCGGCUGCUGCUGCGUCGACUGGUGUUUCGUUGCUCUGCUUUAAGUGAAUCCUGCAGAAAGCGAGCGGACGCGCAGCAUCAGCACCAACCCGAGCAGCUGCUGUAGAAAGCUGCUCCAGCCCGGGAAGGGACGUGCGGGGAAAGAUGGGGAGAGCAAUGCGGUCAAAGAGGACGCCGUUUCCCCCCGGAGAGCCGUGGAGAACCGGGAUGCGGCAGCAGCGCGACUGUGCUGAAUCUGUGCAGGCUCGCUAAUUGGAUACGGAACCCGCAACCCCGACCGACGGUGGUGGAGUGGAGCAGCGCCCUGGAACCGGCAUCAGGAGGCUCGGAAAACCCCCAGAACCAAACCCGAGUCCAGUCUCCACAACAAGUCCAUGAGUAUUGUGGCAGAGCAGCCCCCGCGGUGGAGUCGGCUCAGGGCAGCGCUCUCUCCUAAAAUAUGACCAGGGGUGCUUGGAUGCGUCGGCAGCAUGACGAAGAAGAAGGCUUAAAAUACUGGUUCGCACCCCGAGAGAACGAGAAGCCAUUCACCGAGUCGGAGCGGGCCCAGAGAUGGCGACUGUCGCUGGCCUCGCUGCUCUUCAUCACCGUCCUGCUCUCUGAUCACUUGUGGUUCUGCGCCGAGGCGAAGCUGACGCGCACCCGAGACAAGGUGCGCUCGGACGAGGAGCACGAAAUCAUCACGGACAUGAUGGGCGAGUACCCAAACUCCCCUAUCCCCGCAUCACAUGACCCCCAUCAUCAUCAUCUCGCCGGAGAGGAAGAUGUUAUUUUUAUAGGGAAUACUACCAAACCUCUGUGGCGGAUCAUGGACACCUGUCGGCCCGGCGCGGCGUCCAAGGACUGCUUCACUUUCACGGACGCGCAGAGCGUGUGCGCGGGCCUCUCCGGUGGAGGGGCGUACGUGGACCACCUGAACGAUUUGUACCUUUCUUUUUGUAAUUCCUACUCACUUUGGGAUUUGUUUUACGGGUUUAAGAGUCCGGACUUGGUAAACUGCAGCCUGAACGCGAGCGCGGGCGCGGGCGUGGACGCGCCGCGGUGCCGCCAGUGCGUGCAGGCUUUCCAGCGGCUGGACCGGCAGGUGGAGGACAACUACCGGGACUUUGAGCUGCUGGUGCACAAAUACGAGACGGAUGUAUACUCGGUUAGGACGUGCAUGGACGAGUGCAAGAUGGUUUAUAAGCCCUGGCUGUGUUCUCAGUACUUCCAGACCACCCAGACACACUGCAGCAACCGAAUCCCCUGUGGCCAGUACUGCCUGGAGGUGCAACAGCGCUGCCCCUUUGUCCUGCCCGACAACGAUGAUCUCAUUCAUGGAGGCAGCCCCAGUUUUAUAUGCACAGGGUUGCUGGAGGACUACCCUUCAGGUGUCGACCCGGCCGCAGAGUGCUGCGACGUGCGGUGGGACUUGACAGCGGACAACCGUUCCAAGGGGACCCUGAAAAGAACUCACCCGUCAUGCCAGCACCGUACCUCCCUCAGCUCCUCGGCAGCCUGCAGACUGUGUAACAGCCGGCUCAAACUCUGCCUGCUGGUCCUCGUCCUCCUACACACUGUUGCCAGCCUCACCGCGUCCCACAAUGCAACAGGACUGGUCUUGCCCACAAUCACGCCCCUGGAGGAGAGCCCCGCCAACGAGGAGUGAUAGCGCUGCCGGGAAGGAUGCGGCGGUUGUCCGGGGUGGGGGAUUCCCUCACCAUGGCAACCGCUGUGGAAAAACACAGCGACGGCUGUGUGGACAGCUGGAGCUGUGUGCCUGUGAACACUCUGCAACGCUGACAAAUGCUGAACGCUUCGAGAUGAAAGACGCAUAAAUCAAUCAAACGACUAAGUAAUUGAACAAUUAAAAGACACUAAGGGAUCUGAGAUGUCCCUUAGGUAGGAAAAAGGGGACAAUGCCACAGCCUUUUGUUGAGAGAGAAGCUCAGCAGUCUCCUGGCCGAGUUUCUCUCACUUCGCUUUUUUACACUGUGUUCCAGUUAUUGGUUUCUGUUGCACUGGCUGACGACGACAUAACACAAUCAUGUUCGCUCUCUAACGCUCAUCCCUCGUCUUUGUUUCUGGGUCUCAUGAAGGAAAAGCAGAUGUUCUCUAAAUCAGAAAGAUAAUGUGUAUAAAACAGUAUUAGCUGCAAGUGUGUGUGUGUGUGUGUG